ACAGUACUCGUGAACAUGAAGCAGGUCGACAGCUGAAGAUCCCGGUUGUCCUCCCGAUUGCUAGGUCGUCUCGUCUCCGUUUCCACCGUCGUCCCGCCACCGAUUAGUCAGCACGCCACCGAUUAGUCAGCACGCCGUCAGCACGCCACCGAUUAGUCAGCACGCCACCGAUUAGUCAGCACGCCACCGGUUAGUCAGCACGCCACCGGCGAUUAGUCAGCAAGCCCAGCAGCAGGUGCAGUCGUGGAAACGCCGUCGAUUGGCGCCUUCUCCCCCGCGCCGCUCCUCGCUAUCUCACUCGCGUGCGACUCCAGCCUCCCCUUGAGCGCGUUUCGCACUCUCGAUCGCGCUGAGCUCAACCGCGCUCUCCCCUCUUUUCUCCCCUCCGCCUCCCCCGGUCUCACCUCACUCUCUGCCGCGCGUCAGUGCGCCAAAGGAACACGUGGCAGGGCCACGCCAGAGCAUCGGGCCUCAUUGCCACGUCAGAGCGGGGGUGUGAGCGGCACGUGCGCGGCGAUGGCGGUGCUGGUGGAGACGAGCGUGGGCGAGAUGGUGCUGGACCUCUUCGCGGACGCCUGCCCGCUCGCCAGCAAGAACUUCCUCAAGCUCUGCAAGAUGAAGUACUACAACCACUGCCUCUUCCACUCCGUGCAGCGCGACUUCAUCGUGCAGACGGGCGACCCCACCGCCACCGGCACGGGCGGCGACUCCGUGUACAGGUUUCUGUACGGCGACCAGGCUCGGUUCUUUGACGAUGAGAUUCGGCCGAACCUGAAGCACGACAAGAUCGGGGUGGUGGCAAUGGCCAGCGGAGGCAAGAACCUCAACGCCUCUCAGUUCUACAUCACCACUCGAGCCGGGCUGGACUCGCUGGACGGCAAGCACACGAUAUUCGGCGAGGUGGCGGAGGGGCUGGACACGCUGCAGCGCAUCAACGCUGCCUUUGUGGACGACAACGGCCGCCCCUUCAAGAACAUCCGCAUCCGCCACACGCACGUGCUGGACGACCCCUUCGAUGACCCGCCGGGGCUGGCUGACCUCAUCCCUGACGCCUCCCCUGAGAUGAAACCGCCUGCUGCCGGCGGGGAUGUGAGGCUGGAGGACGACUGGGUGCCCAUGGACGAGGGGCGCGCGGCGGAGGACGUGGAGAGGGAGGUGCGCCGCAGAGAGGCGCAGUCCAGAUCCGUGGUGCUCGAGAUGAUCGGCGAUCUGCCCGAGGCAGAGUUCAAGCCGCCGGAGAAUGUGCUCUUCAUCUGCAAGCUCAACCCCGUCACGCAGGACGAUGACCUGGAGAUCAUCUUCUCUCGCUUCGGGACGGUCGUCGCAGCGGACAUCAUUCGCGACCAGAAGACAGGCGACAGCCUCUGCUACGGCUUCAUUGAGUUCGAGACAAAGGAGGCGUGUGAGGCAGCUUACUUCAAGAUGGACAACGUGUUGAUCGACGACCGCCGCGUGCACGUGGACUUCAGCCAGAGCGUGGGGCGCCUGUGGUCGCGCUUCCGCCGCUUCGGAGCCCACGACUCCGCCGCUGCUGCCGGCGCGCAUGCUGCCCUCGCUGGGGGUGGCGGAGGGAGGGGAGGAGGGAGAGGGGGCGGACGGGGUCGCGGUGGGGGUAGGGGCGGUGCUGGUGGCACGCGGGCGUGCUUCAACUGCGGGGAAGAGGGGCACAUGGUUAGGGAGUGCCCGAAUGGGGGAGGAGGGGGAGGGGGGCGGAUUGGUGGCGGGGAGGAGGCUGGGGAGGAUAAGGAGGAGGAGGGGCAGGGCAGGCAGAGGCGGCUGGAGCUGAAGGAGUCGGGGCACAGGCAGAGAGGCGACCAGCGGAGGAGGUGAGGAGAUGAACGGAUGAGUGGAGGAGACUGAGAGGGUGCGCACGAGCUCAUGUGGGGACAAGGCCCAAGGGGGUUUGAGAGUCACAGCCAAUGGCUGGCUGAAGCUUUUUGGAGCCAGAUGGCUGACGCAGCUGAUGGGAUGCAGUAAGUUGGCCUGAUGGCGCACACACGGCCUCGCGAAUCGCUUCGUCUGGAGCACUGCCUCACGCCCACUUACUGCCCCAAUCCCUCUGCUUGCACCAAGGAGACUUAGCUUUCUGGCGGGCUCGAGAGUAACUCCAUCUACCCGUGCUUCAGCUAUCGCUCUUGUCCCCUUCACAGUCGACAUUAACC